UGAUGUCAAUGGAUGCCUCUGAGAGAAAGGAACUCUCUGAUAAAGUUAGAUGGUUUUCUUGAUAUCCAGAUAAUGAAGCAAAACGAUUCAAGCGUUAUGUCAUAAAUGGUUUGAAGUUUCGCACCAAAGAUUCUGAGACAACUAGGAAAACUCAAAAUAGUGGAGUUUGUGUUGUUACUAAAAGUGGUGCUGCUUAUUAUGGUGUAAUAAUCGAUAUUAUUGAGUUGAACUAUUCUGACAAGUAUCGAUAUGUAUUAUUCAAAUGUCAAUGGGCUGACGUUAUUAGUGGGAGAUGAUGCAAAAAAGAUGACUUUGGAUUUCCCCUCAUCAAUUUUUCAAGAUUGAUACACACGGGUGAUCGAUUGAUUGAUGAACCUUAUAUAUUAGCAUCUCAAGCUUUGCAAGUGUUUUAUGUGGAGGAUGUGAGACAUAAAGAUUGGAUGGUGGUGGUCAAAACAAAACUUAGGGAGGUGUUUGAUGUUGGUAUUGAAGCAGUAGAUGAUGAAGAAGAAGUGGAUACAUAUAUGGAGAAUGUCCCUUAUAAUGUAAUUACUGAUGAUACAUGUGAUGAUGCAAAUGACAACCAUGCUUGGGCUCGAGUUAAUGAAGAAGGAACCAUUUAUGAUACAUCAUUGAUUAGUGAGGAUGAAUUGCUUGAACAAGACUUUAUCGAUGAUGAAGAGCUUAGUGAUGAUGUUUAUCAGUCUAAUGAUGAUGAGUCCAAUGAUGAUGGGUCCAAUGAUGAUGAGUCUAGUGAUGAUGACUUUAGUGACUUUGACACUUGAAAUGGGAAGGCGAAAGACAAAGCUGCACACUCGUUCCAAGAGUGUAACAUUGGAAGAGCUUCUUCACAAGAUGUGGAUGAAGUGAGGGACCAAGAAA